AUGACGCCUCAUGUUUCUCAGACCGCUGUUCAUGGCGAAGGCUCUAGUGAGCCAAGUCGAGAUAAUGAACGGGCAUUAUACAUCGCAGUGAUGGGAAUGACAGGAGCUGGGAAGAGCACCUUCAUAUCGCAUUGCACAGAUACCAAGGUUGCCAUAAGUGAUCCAGGAGCUCUGCAAUCUUGCACACAAGAGGUUCAGGUAUACCUGUGCAAAAAUCUUGAAUCUCACAUCAAUGUCUAUCUUGUGGAUACUCCUGGCUUCGAUGACACAAAUCGCAAAGAUACAGACAUCCUCAAAGACAUCGCCGCCUGGUUGACAAAGACCUACAAAGAGAGCAUUCGCUUGGGCGGUAUUUUAUACCUGCAUCGCAUCUCUGAUAACCGAAUUGGUGGAUGUGCCUACCGAAAUCUUAUCAUGUUCAAGAAGCUGUGUGGUCCCGACGGGAUCAAGAACGUGAUAUUCCUCAGCACCUUUUGGGAAAAGGUCGAUCCGACUGAAGGUGAUGCCCGAGAAAAGGCCUUGGAGGACAAGGACGAGUUUUGGGGAUAUUUUGUCAAGCAGGGUGCCCGCGUUCAGAGACAUUUGAAUACCGAAGACUCUGCUAUGGCUGCCAUAAAGAAUUUCAUCCCGAUUGAUGCGACAAAUGAGCCACCAAAUGAGAUAAAAUUGGCAAUUCAAACCGAAAUGGUUGAUUCAGGCAAAGAUCUGGACCAGACAUCUGCCGGCCAAGAACUCCAGAGUGAGUUGCAGAAGGAAAGAGACAAAAUGCAACAAGAGUUGAAUAACACAGCACGGGAGAUUCGAGAGGAAAAGGAUCAGGAAAUCCGCGAUCUCCUCCAAAAGGAUCAAGAUAGACAGGCUAAGGAGCUCCAAAAGAGAGACUUAGAGAUCCAGGAGCUGAAGAUCAGCAUGGAGAGGAUUCACGAGUGGAAAAUUCAGGAACUAGAGGAGCAAAUCCUAAAACAACAAAGCGAAUUUGCCAAGCAUCGGGAGGAAAUGAGCGAAGAAAUGAAUCGAAUGAUGGAACAACGACGAAGUCAACACCGAGAUAUGAUCGAAGACCAGCGUGAUCAAAAUGUCGACAAGUUGAAGCGGCAGCUUAGAGAACUAUACAAUCAGAUUGAACAUCAACAAAUGCAACUUGACCAGUUCAAUCACGAUAUGAGUGAAGCAGGGGAAUAUGACUCAGAGGAAGAAUAUGAUUCAUCCGAUAACGAGCCUGAUGACGAGCCUGAUAACGACGCAUUAAGCUGUAAGUGCGAGGUGGGCAGUUUGAAUGGAAAUGUGGCAUCCCCGGCAUCGCAUCAUAAUGAAGAGAACUACGACGAAAUUGAUUCUCCCAUCACGGAGAAACCUGACACAAGUUUUAAGCCCUUCGAGCACUUCGAAGACUCAGAUGGAGAACAGGAAUUUGGGCCAGUCUGUCAAGUAUGUUGGCAGGAUUUUGAGGAUAGGGAUGAGCUCUUAGAGCAUGUCGGACGGUCUCGUCAUGGGUUCAUUGUCAAUGGGAAUCCGGUUUUUGUUCCGAAGAGGAAGAGGUCGAAAUGGUAUAAACCGAAUUUUAUUUCUCGCUUGCGUCAGUAA